AUGGCUUGGAGCUGUGAUUUUGUUGAGCCUCGUGCGCACGGGCUGGGCUUUUUCGUUUUGGUAGUGGUGAAGUUGCUGGGCCUUGGAUGCCGAAAGCACAAGAAUUGCAUGUCGCAAGGAAAUGGGCCUAGGCACGAGGGUGCCGAAGGCAUAAGAAUUGCAUGUAGCAAAAUGAUGGGCCUAGGCACGAGGUGCUGA